AUGUCCCCAACAGGAUCAGCAAGCUGGUGGCCGUGGCAGUCAAGCAUAAUUGCCCACAAGGAUGAAGUCAUUGCCCUCAAGGAUAAACUCAUUGCAGAAAAGGAAACGCAGCUGAAAGAUCUCAAGACUCGCGAGGAAACACAGCUGAAAGAUCUCAAGACUCGCGAGGAUAAACUCAUUGCAGAAAAGGAUAAACUCAUUGCAGAAAAGGAUAAAUUCAUUGAAGAAAAGGAUAUACGCAUUGCAGAAAAGGAAACACAGCUGAAAGAUCUCAAGAGCCAAUUGCUGCAACAGGAGAUGCAAAGUCUCCAAGAAUUAUCGCGGGUCAAGGUCAUAGCCAACAACCGAGCUCUGAUUGAGAACGCCAUGCAACAGUACAAGAGCGACUUGUCUCUCACGAAAGGUUUGGAGAUGUUUGUGAACGAGCAUUUGUUGACUGUAGGCCGUGACAAAACGACAUUGAGUAUGUAUGGCAGAGAAGUCUGUAAUAAGCUGCGAAACUUUGGCUUCGCAGCGAAGGAAGACUUUGUUCAGAAAGAACUUAAAAACCUCAUACACGAGAUCUCAAAACCUUUACACAGACCGCACGUAUCGGGUAAGAUUUACACAGGGUAUGUGGUUGGAGGGGAACCGCCGCUUGCAGAAGCGCUUGCGAUCGUGAUCUCAAAACUUCAAGAAUGCAAGUUCGUGAAAAACCUGGAUGUCCUGCUGGUCGAUGGGGAAGGGAAAUGCAAGUGCGUGCUGAGUAAUGGAGACAUCGUUGAAUACGGUGAAGCGUAG